AUGGAUGUUGAAUGUAAACAUUGCCAUGCUUUAAGAUUUAAAGAUGAAUCUGAUAGUAUGUGUUGUGCAAACGGAAAAAUAAAAUUGCCUUGUUUAAGUGAGCCUGAAGAGCCUUUAUUUACUUAUUUAUCUGGUUUAACAAAUCAUUCGAAGCAUUUUUUAGAUAAUAUAAGAAAAUAUAAUUCAUGUUUUAACAUGACUUCAUUUGGUGCAAAUAGAAAAAAAGAGUCAGAAAAUAUGCCAACAGAUGAAUGCAAAAUAGUUCUCCGAGCUGAUAAAAUCCCUUCAAAUGAACAUGAACGACGUUUCAAUUUACCUGUUGUUCAAGAAGUAGCUGCAAUAAUCAAUGGAAAUGAAUUUAUAAAACGUGAUAUUAUAUUACAAAAACGUAGUAAAGAAUUCGUAAUCGUUCAAGAAACUCAUAAGUCACAUGAUGCUCUACAAUAUCCACUAAUUUUUUGGCAAGGAGAAGAUGGAUAUCAUUCUGAGUUGAAGCAAAUAAACUCUAAUACUGGAUUAACUACAAAUAAAAAAGUUUCAGCAAUGGAUUUUUAUGCACAAAAACUGAUGAUACGUAAUAAUCCAAAAAAUUAUUUAUUAUGUUAUAAGCAAUUGUUAAAUCAGUUUGUCGUUGAUAUGUAUGCGAAAAUUGAAAGUGAACGCUUACGUUAUAUUCGAUGUAAUCAAAAAACUCUUAAAGUAUACAUUCAUUUAAAAGAUGCAUUCGAAAAUGAUAAAAAUGUUAUGGGCCCAGGCAUUUAG